CACUCGCUCAACUUCCCCACAUUUUCAUUGGUCCCCAGAGGAUGCGGCUGCAGCGGAUUGGAGGGAAGUUUGUGCUUGUGGUUUCACACCCCCCAUCUUGCAGAUAUCCGUGGUCCGGCGCUCCUGUGUUUCCAGUUGUUUUCACAUCCACUCACUAACAAAGAGACUCAGAGCAACUGUCUGAUAUUUCUAAGUGAAUGUUGUGACUGGUGCCGCAACUAACGCCUAAAGCUACCAGAUAAAAAGGAGCCAAAAAGUUCACAGCUUGCCGGAGAAAUACGGAGAGUUUGAGCAACUUUAGAAAGGACAGAUUGAAGACAGAAGAGUAAAAAUGGUGUCGGCCGGACUGGAGAUCUUGGGACUUUCUUUGUGUGUAGUUGGCUCGCUCCUGGUCAUGGUUUCGUGCGGGCUUCCCAUGUGGAAGGUGACGGCUUUCAUUGAGGCCAACAUCGUGGUGGCACAGACGCUCUGGGACGGACUGUGGAUGUCGUGCGUGGCGCAGAGCACCGGGCAGAUGCAGUGCAAGGUGCACGACUCCGUCCUCGCCCUCAGCCACGACCUGCAGGCGGCCAGAGCGCUCACCAUCAUCUCCUCCGUGCUGGGAGUGCUGGGUCUCAUGGUGGUGAUCGCGGGGGCGCAGUGUACCAACUGCAUCCGUGCAGAGUACGUGAAAGCUCGGGUGGUGAACGCCGGUGGGAUCAUCUACAUCAUCAGUGGCCUGUUUGUGCUGGUGCCUCUUUGCUGGAUGGCCAACAACAUCAUAUCGGACUUCUACAAUCCGCAGGUGCCUUCAUCCAAGAAGAGAGAAAUCGGCGCUGCGCUCUACAUCGGCUGGGCGGCCACGGCGCUGCUGCUGAUCGGGGGAACGCUUCUGUGCUGCUCCUGUCCCUCCAGCGGAAACUCGGGAUACUCUGUAAAAUAUGCACCGACCAAGAGAGCCUCGCAGAACGGGGACUAUGACAAGAGGAAUUAUGUGUAGCUGCGUGCAUGGCUCGGAUCUGACGGUGCGUAAAAGUGACUUCCAGCUUUGAAAAAACUGUUGUUUUUUUUACCGACCUUGUUUUUGCACCUACAACUUUUUUAUGUAUAAAUUAGAACUUUGAAAUCAACGGAAGCAUAUCUGGUCCUUCAACAUUUUCGGGGCAUAUUUUUAUACACUUUCUGUGUCUCCCCGAGAUUUCAUUAGAGACUACAAGAAGUAGCUCACGACAAAAAAGGAGUAUCUUUGUUAGGUACCUGCUUUUGUAAAUUGUCCAGAUCGUUAGUUUUGGAUGUAAUUGCUACUGUCCUUGUUGAUUAAGUUUCUGCACUGAAAAUGUAAAGUGGUCUUUGUCUUCAAUGUGCAUGGUCAGCACAAAGUUGUACAGUAGAAUGGCUGCCCAUCCUCACAUUCAAAAACAGUAAUAGCAUUAUCUAAUCACAAACCAGCGAUGAAAAAAACAAAAAACAAAAUGUUAAAUUGUAAUAAAAGCCUUAUUUUUCUUUUUUGUUGUUGAGAAGGGACAGGUUAAUUAAAUUUGGUUUUAUUUUCUUUGCAUAUUUUAAAUAUUGAAAACCCAAGGCAAAAAGAAGACUGAACCCCUUUCUUAGUUUCUAUACUGGCUAGCAAAGAACAUGAUUCACCCCGUGACGUCACUACCCAUCCAGGGUACUAUAACUGAUUGUCACUCACAAUGUAAUAAAAACCCUUCACAUUAACUGCAUACGCUCCUUUAAAUUCAUCAACAUUUUAGAUAUGUGUUUGUCAUAUACGUUUUUAUGACAGAAAAUAUACAACACCUUUGAGGUAUACAGAAGAAAGAAAAAAUAUUUUAAACAUGAAAUUUAUAUUUGUAUUAACCUAAAGGAAAAUGGCCUGCUUUGAAAUGUUAAAUGCUGUUCUUUUAAACGCAUAUCAAACAACCCCUUUUAGUUGUUUUUCAUUAACUGGUUUCUGAUCAGAACAUCCAAUGAGCAAAACAUGAACAGACCAAAAUCCAUGUCGACAACUUGGAAACAGUGUCCAAUAAGGAUAGAGACCUGGAAAAAAAAAAUCACACAUAUUAGAGCCCCUUUGAAUCUUAGGAUACUUUUUCUGUGUUGGGGACACAUGCUAGAGUCCAUUAUUUUGCUUUUUACAAAAGGAAAGCAUCUUUUCUUUGGAUAACGUUCCAGAUUUUCGUUGCUAUGUAGGUGAUUGAUAUUAUGUUUCUUUAUUCAUGUGUAUGAAGAUGCAAUACUGUGUCAUUUUAUUAUGAUUAAACAGAAUAUAUUGUCGGAA